GAUAGAAGCGCCUGCUGCUGAUAUUGGGGAGCUGAGAGGAUUACAGGGGGAGCCUAUUAGGAAUUGUACGUAGUGCAACGGGAUAUAGAGACGGACGUGGUGUCGGUGUGGAGAGCGUGAGAGUUUGAGGAGCGAGGCUGCACUAUCCCGAGUGCAAGGACUAGAGCCGCAGUAAGAGCGAGAGAAGCCGCGCAUCUUGCUCCCGAGCAUCCCGCUGCUGCGCCCAGUCUCCUGCCUGCUGGAUGCACCGCCAUGUGACAGCCCUGGGGCUCAGUCUGGAGAGAGAUCCUUCCGCAAUGUGACCCGACACGGAGACACCCCAGUACGUGCCGAGUGGAGCGACUGUCAAUCCGCGCGGGCACCGGAGAGACUGGCACAGACUGCGCGUACAGCUGGCUUUGCACGAGAGAGCGCUCUUCCCCCAUGCCGAGCCCUCUACUUGGCCCCGGGCACUGAGGCACCGGAGACCCGGGCGCACCCUCGGGGGCGCGCCGCAUGUUCAGGUCCAGACGCACGGGGCUGGUUCGGCGCCUGUGGAGGAGCCGAGCGGGCGGGGAUGGCGGCGUCUCUUGCUGCGGUUUGUCGGAGCAGCCCGCGGGGUCCCCGGAGUUACGCGCCGCUGCCUCUGCUAUUUUGAAGCGACUGAAGGAACAGACCCUGUGCGUCCUGCUGGAGGCCGUGGAGUCCCGGGGAGCUGCGCCUGGAGGCUGCGUAAUGGUCACCCGCCAUGGACCCCCUCCUCACCUCCUCUUGUGCAGACUCUUCCGCUGGCCCGAGCUGCAGCAUCCCGGGCAACUCAAAGCCUUGAGCGGGUGCCAGGGAGCCGGGGGGUCGGACAAUAACAGUGGCUGCUGCUGCUGCAACCCCUAUCAUUACAGCAGGGUCUGCGAACCGGAGUCUCCACCACCACCUUAUUCACGACUGUCUCCAAAAAUUGAACAGAAGCCUCUAGAUCUCUCCGAUUCAUACACUGAAAUGGAAGCCUCCAACUCGCUGUGCAUCACAGCCGCAGACAUAUCAGACACAAGCCUGUCUCCUGACAUGAGCAAGCAGGGCCACUGGUGCAGUGUGGCGUACUGGGAGCACCGUACCCGCGUGGGCCGUCUCUACGCAGUAUGCCAGCCUUCAGUAAGCAUUUUCUAUGAUCUACCUCAGGGAAGCGGCUUCUGUCUGGGCCAGCUCAAUCUGGAAAACCGGAGCGAGGCGGCAGCCAGGACAAGGGGGAAGAUUGGACUUGGAAUAGUAUUGAGCCGAGAGACUGAUGGUGUGUGGGCUUACAACCGCAGCGAUCAUCCCAUAUUCGUCAACUCGCCCACCUUAGAUGCACCUGCCUGCCGCCCCCUAGUGGUGAGAAAGGUGAUGCCUGGAUAUUCCCUCAAAGUGUUUGACUACAAAAAGUCAUGUGUUCUGCGGCAUCACCCAACUCCCCCAGAACAUACAGACGGACCCUAUGAUCCCAACAGUGUCCGCAUCAGCUUUGCCAAGGGUUGGGGCCCGUGUUAUUCCCGCCAGAUGAUCACCUCUUGCCCCUGCUGGCUGGAGGUCCUACUGGGAAGAUAGUGGCCUGUGUUGGUGUUGCCCCACAUGGCUUUAUGCCUAAGGAAGAAUUUACUUUCCCUUUACUUUGAGCAGAUAACAGUGUGUUUGAGAGCCCCUUCCCUGAAAGAGAGGUAUGCAGGUAUUUAAGCAGAUAUUGAUAGUACUGCACAAUAUGUAUUGACAACGCAUUUCACGCCAGUCAGCAGAUGGUGUCGCUGGCAGCAGUUACACCUGAAAGCAUUAAAGUAAAAGAGGAAACCUUUUGCUCUCUAGCUCUACCUUUUUUACAUACAAUAGUUACAACCUCUCAUGAGACCAGUAGUUCAUAUCCUUAUUAGCGGCAUGCUGUAUUUUACCUUCAGCGUUGCUCGCAUUAUGCAUACCGCACGGGUCUCCAUCAUGGAACGAGUUAAAGGCAUGCCUCCCUCUAACUACAGAAUGGUGCUGUCUUCCUGUUGCCAUAAUACAUAUACGUGCCAUGUUGUUGCAGAACUCGACAAUCCCUUGCCACUUCAGUUUUGUAUGCUGUUCUGCCAUGUGAUGAAAAGCCUCUAGAAGUUAUGGGGUUCAUUCUUCUGAUCUGCAGCAGAGAGUAAAACUAGCCCAUAAAAACCACAGAUCCACCACCGGGAAGGACUCUCACGAGCAUCAUGAUCUAGAUUUAAUAUAAAAUGUUUAUAUAUUAUAUGGAAAUAUAUAUUAUACCUGUAAAUAUGGAGUCAUUUUUACAAUGUAAUUAUUUAUGUAUGGUGCAAUGUGUAUAUGAACUAAAAUACAAUAAAAUGCACUUUGGCUUUUA